AUGAUCCGUGCGAGUCUCCUGACUUGCCUGGCACUUUCGUCAGCCCGUGCUUUUGAGGAUUGGUGUGGCUGGGUUCCUAUCUCGAUGCGGCAAGAGGUUGUCGGCUGCACAGGGGCCAACAUGUCUCUCCAGAGCAGAAUGGAAGGCUGCACCAACUGGUGUGAGUGGGUCCCAGUUCUCGGCUGGAAGUAUGUUGAGGAGUGCAGGCUUUGCAUCAACGCCACCGUCAUCAUCACCAACGUGACUGCCUCAGAGAAGCCUCGGCCGAGAGGAUUGAAGACCAAGCAGCUGAGCGGAAUGUUUCCAGACUGGUGUCGCUGGCUGCCAGCUGCAUCAUUGAAGUUCGUGGCUGACUGUGCGGGCUACGGCAGCUAUGGUGGAAGUUCUCGAGAUCCAGCUUCAGUUGCCGGCCCGGAUUGUGCUUCAUGGUGCCAGUGGGUGCCGCAACUAGCUUGGGCGGAUCCACCCGACUGCCGUGCAUGUGGGACAGUCGAGAGCUCAAGUGACUCAAGUGACACCGCAUCUGUCCCGACAGUCCCAAUUUGGUGCAGCUGGGUUCCCCCACUGGCAUUGAAGUACGUUGAUGCCUGUACCGGCUCGAAUGGAGCCCUUCCUGCACAGGCGGAAGGGUGCACUUAUUGGUGUGUCUGGGUAUCAGGGCCUGCUUGGCAUCACGUACAUGAAUGCCAUGGAUGCUCCAGUGUGGAGAACGCCACGAAUGCCACAGACAACAGCAGCCUCGAGGAAGCAGAUGUGGUGAAGCCCGCGGACCUAAGUGGUAUUGGCUUUGUUGGAAGUGGCCUUAAGGUCAAAACCUCGCUCAAAGCCAUAGGACCUGAUUGGUGUCGCUGGGUGCCGGCAGGGUCUCUGCAGUAUGUUCCUGAUUGCACGGGCUACGAUGGAGGCUACGGCUAUGGAGUGGGGAGCCCCAGCGCAGCCCGAGGCCAGUGUGAAAGCUGGUGCCAGUGGGUGCCUCAGCCGGCUUGGCAGUAUCCUCCUGGCUGUCGGGGAUGCUGA